AUUAGGUUUGAGUCCUACAGGCCCCCGUAGCAGCUGGGCUGCCGCGCCGCGCCGGCUCCCCCCUCGGCGUUCCCACGCCUGCUUAGCCGGGCUCUCUCCCUCCACGUCAGGGUCGGGACCUUGGAGAUGGCGGCUCAGAAGAUAAAUGAGGGGCUGGAGCACCUCGCCAAAGCAGAGAAAUAUCUGAAAACUGGUUUUUUAAAAUGGAAGCCAGAUUAUGACAGUGCCGCUUCUGAAUAUGGAAAAGCAGCUGUUGCUUUUAAAAAUGCCAAACAGUUUGAACAAGCAAAAGAUGCCUGCCUUCGAGAAGCUGUUGCUCAUGAGAAUAACAGGGCUCUUUUUCAUGCUGCCAAAGCUUAUGAGCAAGCUGGCAUGAUGUUGAAGGAGAUGCAGAAGCUACCAGAGGCUGUUCAGCUGAUCGAGAAAGCCAGCAUGAUGUAUCUGGAAAACGGCACCCCUGACACGGCAGCCAUGGCUUUGGAACGCGCUGGAAAGCUGAUAGAAAAUGUAGAUCCAGAAAAGGCUGUGCAGUUAUAUCAGCAGACAGCUAAUGUGUUUGAAAAUGAGGAACGCUUACGACAGGCAGUUGAAUUACUAGGAAAAGCCUCCAGAUUGCUGGUCCGAGGACGCAGGUUUGAUGAGGCAGCACUUUCUAUUCAGAAAGAAAAAAAUAUUUAUAAGGAGAUUGAGAAUUAUCCAACUUGUUACAAGAAAACAAUCGCUCAAGUCCUCGUUCACUUGCACAGGAGUGACUACGUGGCCGCGGAGAGGUGCGUCAGGGAGAGCUACAGCAUUCCAGGGUUCAGCGGCAGUGAAGACUGCGCCGCCUUGGAGCAGCUCCUUGAAGGCUAUGACCAGCAAGACCAAGACCAGGUGUCGGAGGUCUGCAACUCACCCCUUUUCAAGUACAUGGACAAUGAUUAUGCUAAGCUGGGCCUGAGUUUGGUGGUUCCAGGAGGGGGAAUCAAGAAGAAAUCUGCAACACCACAGGCUAAGUCUGAAGGCACCACUGCCCCUGCUGCUGAGGAAGACGAGGACGAGUAUGCGGGAGGCCUGUGCUAGGGUCCUGCUCUGCGGAAAGGAAGAGAAGAUUCCUGACAUGCCGUUCGUGGACUUGGACCUAGUCUCAGGGGAUCUAGACUUCACUGCAGUCGUGGUUUUGAAAAUGCUAAUAAAGACUCAUUUUUAGCCCUCAUUUCUCUAAGUCACCCAUUGUACCCACUACCUGAAAACAUUUUUCCCCCCCAUAGGGCCUUUCCAAGACACCGGCAAGAAUGAACAAAUGUAUUGUCACAUUUUAAUACAGUUGAUUUUUAAAUUUGCAAGCCACAAAGGAUGUUCUAAACAAAAGGGACAGUAGACAUAGAAAUUCUUUUCUCUUGUGCUUUUUAUAUUUAUUGUUUGAGAGUUUUCUUUGAGUUUUAUUUAAUAAUUGCUAAAAGUGAAGUUUAUUGGUUAAACAAAGUAGUAUUUUAAACUUACGUUUUCAAAAGGAAUUUAUCCCAGUGAUAUUAGAUACAUGUAAAUUAUUAAAUCUUUAAGUAUUUUUAGAGGCAAGACUGGGACAGGAUGCUGUUUUGAGCCUUACAAUAUCGUUUAGCCAAUGAAAGAUACAUUUAAGAUUUUACGUGUAAAUUGAAUGUUUUGAAGGUAUAUUUAACUUCUCUUUGAAGUACAUUUUUUCCACCUAAAAAAAACACACAGCUGCUUUCCCCAAAUCCAAUUGGUUUUGACUAAAAUGGGAACUAAUGAGGACUCUUUUAUGCAUUCUAAUUCCCAUCAAUCUAGAACAUUUCUUCCCUCCAAAAUAAUUUUCAGUUCAUUUAGAGCUGUGACAGGACAGCAGCUUGACGCAGAGAAUGCCGCGUACCAUAGGCAUUCAGCUUAGAGGGCAGAAUGGUUUCUGAAGUGCUCCUGUUUAAAGGACUGACUGCUGCCAACAUUUUAGUCCUGGUGGGUAUUCCUAAAAGACGAUUUUUGAAGCAUUCCUUUUUCACCUGUGUGGCUCAGCCCUGUCUCCGAAUCUGCUAAGCAGAAAUAGGCCCCGGUCAGCAGGGUGCAUUCUGUGGGCAGAUGCCCCCCUGGGUGGCUUCCCAUCCUGCGUCCUGUCCCCUCCCAGAGCCCAGCCUUACGGAGUGCAGUGUGUGUCUGUGCACUGCUCCCUGAAGACCCCGGGGCCAGUCCCUCACGAUGAGUGCUGUUUAGCCGUGGUUGGCUCUGAGGGAGAGGAGGGCGUAGCCAGGAUGGUAUCUUCAUUCGGCAUGUGCUCUUGGGUGGGAGGGUAGAAAUAUUUAUUGACGAUCCGGUUUAAAACACUAACAAAUACAAUGUUUGGAUUCCCCAAGUUCCCUCCAUGGUAGCAGCCCAUUUUCACUAACUGUAUAGAGAUUAAUUUUGAACAGUCUCAGUAAUGCUGCAUUGAGACCCUUGUACUGAAUGACAUACUGACACUUCUAAGAUCCCACCUUUGCUGCGGAGCCUCUGGAUCUAGUCGGAAGCUUCGGGAGUCUCCUGUUAAUGCUCUUGUGAGCUAACCAACCAUCUGCCUAUACAGAUUUGGCAGCACUUGAAAGAUAUUUUGGACCGUUUGUUUAAAGACCAUAUUACCCAUUGCAGCCUUGGAAAAAUUGAUACCUUUUACAUUCUAAAACCAGGAAGUGAUUCAGCACAUUCUGUAUCAGCAGGGCAGCUGACCCUUAACAACAUAAAAGUCUCUUUUUCUUCCAAGUGCAGCCUCUGUCCCUCCCUGCCCUCACUGAGGGACUAGCGUGCAGGACUCGGGGCCGUUGUCCAGGAAAGAGUCCUCACUCCGUUGUCACGCAUUUCGGUUUCUGUGCACAGAAGUCUUCAUCCUGAGUGUGGUCAGAAGUGGGGAGCGUGUGUUUACAGCGGGAAAAACUUUCCAGAGCUCCUGUUGUCUCUUUUACCAAAGUGGAAGUCUGCAUGAGUAUGCCCAGAAUUGAAUACUCAAUGUUCUAUUAUAGUGUAAGUGAAGUCAGUCUACAAAUAUAUUUAAUAUAUUGAAUUUAUUUGUACAUAUACAGAGUAUGUAUGUAUUUGUGUAUGGAAUCUGUGCUUCCUAUUUUUCCAGUUCUUUGAUGAGUAAAUAUUAAAUGUGUUGUUAUGGAAAUUAGAUUAUUGCUUCUAUGGGAAGAUAAUUAUGAAAAUAAAACCUGAAACUAUGUAAGUAUGA